CCUGGCCAUGGCGGGCUUUACCAAAACACAGCGAGGCGCCAAAAUAUAAGGACACCCUGCACUAUACACGCCACUGAGACGAUACCUACUGUGCUAACGUUUAAUAUCAUCCCAUUUAUGUGUCCCAAGUGAGGGUGAGAGGCCGGGGGAUCAGCAGGGGAGUCAGCAGAGGUGCCCGGCAGGUGGUCAGCAGGUCCCCAGCUGACCCAACGUCAACACCUUGGCGCCCAGCACGCAGCUCAGCCUCAGCACUUCAGGGCCUCCUCCUCCCCGGGAACACGGCUGCCAUGGACCUAGCGGCGGAGUCUGGGAAACGUAGGUAUGACAAGGAGAACUCUGAGACUGCUGUAAAAUGCACACGCUGGAGCCUCGGGGGGGCCGUGGGCACCGACCCGCCCCUGCUGGCUGACAUGGGGCUGGCGGUGCUGCAAGACGAGGAGAUCGUUGCUUGUGCCCCCAGCCGCAUUGCCACCCCCUCCCCCCUCCCCCCCACACAGUGCCACUCCGCUGGUGCCUCCCCUCCCCUUACAGUUCUACACAAUGUGGACCAGAAUAUCCAGAGUCAAGAGACCUUCAUCCCCGACACCACAGGAAGCGCUGCAGAGUUCUUUGUUUAUAAGCGCAGGAAAACGGAUAUUAUAGGUGGAGAUGACAAAUUCAAUAGGAUGUCCGACGAGCUCAUUCUGGCAGUGUUUCGGUGGCUCCCUAAGUUCAUGCUGGCCAGAUGUGCGCAGGUCAGUCGCCGCUGGAAGAGAAUGGCCUUCGACGAGUCACUGUGGCGCAGGCUUGACGUGGGCGGCAAGACUCUAAGGCCCGGGGUAGUGGGCCGAGUCAUCCUCCGCGGCUGCAGCAUUCUACGGCUGGCCAAGGCUGAGGUGGGCAGCCCAAUCUUCUCGCCCCAGCUCCAACACCUGCCCACCCUGAUGCCUGUGAGGAGUAAGCUGCAGUACCUUGACCUCAGCAUGGCCGCCAUCCAGCCACAAGCCUUGGAGGAGCUGCUGAGUGUGUGUUGGGACCUGAAGAAGCUGAGCCUGGAGCACUGCACCCUCACCCAGGAGGUCUGCCAACACAUCGCCAACAACACCUCCCUGGAGACCCUCAACCUGGCCAUGUGCUACGGCCUCUGCUAUGCCUUCCUGGUCAACAUCCUGGCGCAGUGCAAAAAACUACAGUGCUUGAAUUUAGCGUGGACGGGAAUGAGUUCUGAGGACCUGCGUGUGGUCUGCCGUCGCUUCCCUCCCUCCCUGGAGCGACUUAACCUCUCAGGCUGCCGGAACUCCCUCACAGACUCACAUGUCCGAGUGUUGUCCGAGCAGAGCAUUGGCCUGGUGGAGCUUGACCUGAGCGAUGCCACUCACCUCACUGCCAACGCCGUGUCCUCCAUCGCCAAGAACCUCCACCGCGUUGAGUACCUCGCCUUCUCCCGCUGCUACACCAUCCAGCCAGACACAUACCUAGAGCUCAAGUCGAUGCCAAACCUGAUGUACCUGGACGUCUAUGGCAUCCUAAAUGACGCCGCCUUGUGCACACUGAAGCAGUCCCUCCACCACGUCAAGGUCAACAAGUACCUAUUCUCCUCCGUGGCCCGACCCACAGUGGGCAUUCGUCGAACUUCAGUAUGGGGUUUGAGGGUCAGAGACUAGCAGGGUGUAGAGGUGACUAGACAUGCGAGUUGAUGGUACCCAAGUGGUCAUUUUCAGCUCAUUCCUUCCUCACCGCUGAACCUAACCUAACCUAACUUGGCAACCUAACAAGCUGGGGGAGGUGUGGGGGAGGGCAGGUGCCAGUGUGCAGUAUAUCAGAUGUGUUCAACAUGUGAUCAGUUCGUAAGUCGUAAUUGUUAACUCUAGUAUUAAGGAUUAGGAUGUGACAGAAAGGAAACAUACAAGUCAUUCUACCAGCCCACACUAACUAGUCUUGGCAUACUGACAGAAAGCCACCCUUUGUCUGGGUUGUUAGCAGAUGAAAGAAAGAAAACAUUGAAGCCCUUAGGAAGUAGAUUAAUAAGGGCCUGAAUUAUUUGAUAUUAGUAAUAAAAAAGUGUAUUCAGCAGCCAUUUCAUGCAUUAUAUGUAAAAGUUUUUGUAAGUACUUGGCAAGCGAUCUCUUUUACAAAAUAGUAUUGACCAAGAUCUCUGUUGUCGAAGUAUGGUAGUGUAUUCAUCAAGUUUGUGAUAGUUUAGAUUGACGAGAGUAAUGUUUCCACCCUGCAGGAAGUCCUACCAAAGAAACAUUCCAAGACUUGACUCAACACAACAUUCUUACUCACUCACAAGCCUCAUGAAUACCUUUGUAUAUAGUGACACAAUGUACAUGAACCGUCCUGUGGGGGAAGCCAGGUAUUAGUGGGUCAGUAGUACUGUAGGAGGUCCAUUUAAUCUUCCUCGUAUAAGAUAAUCAGCAGUGUUGCAAAUUAAUAGAAAAAAAUAGGAUAAGUUAUGAAGGAUAAUUUCAUCAUGUAAAAUGUUAAGUGAUUGGCUGCAAUGAAAGGUUUAAGAAUUUAGGAUUGCUGAGUGUUCUACUUUAGGACAUUUGUUAUAAAAUUUGUGAACGGAACAAAGUAUGGUGCUGGAAAGUCUCCCUCACAAUCACCUAGAAUGCGUAUGAUGAAAGCUGUAGAGAUAAGGAGUCAUGUUGUAAAUACAUCCCUUGGCAAUUUUAUAACUAUUUUGUUUAGUUGUGCUGAGGGUGAGGAGGGUGUUCAGAGGGAAGGACAUGUACAUAGUAGCUGCCUUGUCCAGCCUGACGCCGUCCUGGAGGGAGAAGGGAAGAGGGGCCUCGUUUUCACUGCCAGUUGUCAAUGCUCAUUCUCUCACCAUUUGCUGUUUUGUUUUUAAUCCUUUCAGGCUCAACUCAUGUAGAUUACAGUAUCUCUGAAUCCAUGUUUGUCAUACACUUUCUUUUAAAA